GCAAUAUUAGUGCUGAACAUAUAUUUUUUUAAAUUCAUCACAACCAGGUAUUAUAACAACCAGGAUUCGUAUUCCAUUGAGCAGGGGGAAAGGGGAAGUACCAUAAAUAAUAGUUAAUUUAUGUAAUUAAUAUUUAAAUCAACGGAAACACAAAAACGUCUUACAUUUUUAACUUUACUUUAACUUUAUGCGGUGGUAGAGUUUUUUCCCCCCCGACGGGACCCACCUUGCCGUGGUGGGGGGGCUCACGGGCCAAUCACUGGUCCGUGCCAAGAGGUUCCACCCUAGAGCCAGUCAUGACCUUAAUAUUGGUUGGGGCUGGCAGGCCCGGUCCACCUGCAUACACUUGCAAACGGAUCCCUGCCAGCAGGUAAAAUGGACGGAAGGAAAACCGCAAACCACAAUAUGAAUAGCAAAUGUAAAAAUAUUGUUACAACUCCAGGGGGAUCGGACCACCAGGAGUCGUUGGUAGCAGGUGGAUCUGGUGUAAAAACCGGGUUCAACGGAGCGGGCUUGCUACUUUCGUUACCUGUCAACCGCGACAAAUCGGAUGAAGGGGUGUCCAGCAUGGCCCCGGAUUCUGACAAACAUGCUACUGCUGAGACAGACGUGCCUCCGGGUACGCAGCCAAGGGAUAUGUUAUAUAUUAUACAUCAUAGAGCUUAUGAUACCGGUGAGAACGUAGCUGUAGCUACCAAUCUGACCUUAACUGACUACAAGCGAAAGCGAUCAUCUUAUGAAGAAGCUGGCCAUAACAGAAAAUUGUCUCGAACCUCAAGAGCCGCACUCGAUAUCCACCAUGUCAUUGGUAAGUACCUUAUACACGUCAACGACCCGAGACAUAAUAACAAAAUAUACAAAUAUCUAUACGGUCGAUAUCAGUGCUAAACUAUUUUAGAGCUAACCAAAGCGAUGGUUGUAUUGAUUUAACAAUGGUGUAUGCAGUGUUGGAGAUAGAUAAGAAAAAUCGUUCAAUAUAGAUAAGAUACAAAAAAUUAUAUAUUUAUAUUUUAUUUAUAUUUAUCAAGAUUUCUAGAUACAGACCAAAUAUCUAGGUAAUACAGUA